AUGGUUCUGAAUAAAGGUAGCAUUUUCAUUCUCAAGAAGAUAAAUCUAUUCACUAACCAAAAAUACAUAAAAGGAAGUAGGAAGCCACUGUAUAAAUUACAUGUCACAAAAAAUGCAGAGCCCUCAGAUCAAAAUAGGUUGGUUUUCGGGAAAAGUUUUGAAAGAGGAAACCAACCGUGUCUUUUGCCUAAUCAAUGUCUCAAGUUACAAAUGAGAACAUUCAGGACACGACAGGGAGUAAAAAGUGAAGACUCGGAGAGCGCGUUGAGUAGCGAGAACAUUGCAUUAGAUGAACACACUUUAGUGGAGGAGCUGCAGAAGGCAAUUGCUGAGGAGAAUUAUACCAGAGCAGCAGAAAUAAGGGAUACUCUAAAAAGCCUUCAAAAAGAUAGCAAAAUAGAAGUAUUGGGAUUAAACAGCAAGUUUUAUAAUGCAUUCAGGGAUGGUGAUCUUGCAGGCAUGCAAGCCAUGUGGGCGAAAAGGGACGAAGUAUGCUGCGUACAUCCUGGUUUGAAAGGAAUAUCCGGAUACGAUGAUGUUAUUGAGAAUUUCCGCUGCGAAUUAAACUAGAAGACAUUAAGGCUUAUGCUAGAGGAGAUAUGGGAUAUGUCACUUCACCGGUGGACAUAUGAUUUGACGCAUAGAUGUUACCUUUCUCUUGCUUUCCAUUUUUGCUGUGUUGUAUAGAAAUCUCAUUGACUAGUUAUUUUUUCUUACUAUGAGCAUGUGAAAGCAUUCAUGUCUUGUUGGAUUUAACAUGAACCAAAUAAAACUAUUAAUGUGCAUCUCUGGUGUGCAAAUGCAAUGAAGACUAUUUCUAAUGAACAAUUAUGUGUUUUUGUU